ACGCCAUGCUGCUCCCGGCGGUCGCUCUGAUUGGCCUGCUGUGCCUGGGCCACGCCCCCCGCGCGCUGGGAUUGGCCCGGCUGUCGGAGGACGCGGAGCUGCGCUCGGCCUUCUCGGUGGCGCGCACCAACAGCAUGGAGGGCGGGCCCAAGAUGACCGUGACCUUCGACGCCGUCUACGUCAACAUCGGCGGGGACUUCGACCCCAAAGCCGGCCUGUUCCGCUGCCGCGUGGCGGGCGCGUACUACUUCUCCUUCACGGUGGGGAAGUUCCCCCACAAGGACCUGUCCGUCAUGCUGAUGAAGAACCGGAACGAGGUGCAGGCCAUCGUGUACGAGGAGAACGCCGGCGAGGAGCGGAAGGUGCAGAGCCAGAGCGUCAUGCUGCAGCUGGAGUUCGGCGACACCGUGUGGCUCCGUCUCCACGGCGACCCUCGCUACGCCCUCUACAGCAACACCGGCCACUACACCACCUUCAACGGCUACCUGGUCUACCCGGACACCUACGGCUUCCAGACGCACCACCACCCGCGGCCCCAGCAGCAGGACGACCAGGCGAGGGAGGCGCAGGAGGAGGAUGACGAGGAGGAGGAGGAGGAGGAGGAGGACGAGGCGGACGGGCAGAGAUCCGCCUUCUCGGUGGGGCGCACCCAGAGCAUCGUGGGGGUCAACCAGGCCGGCCUGCCGCAGCACCGCCCCGUCGGCUUCGACGCCGCCUUCGUCAACAUCGGCGGCGACUUCAACGUGACGGAGGGCCUGUUCACCUGCCGCGUGGCCGGCGCCUACUACUUCUCCUUCAACGUGGGCAAGCUGCCGCAGAAGACGCUGUCCGUCAAGCUGAUGAAGAACCGCCUGGAGGUGCAGGCCAUGAUCUACGACGACAGCCAGGGCGAGAAGGCGCUGCAGAGCCAGAGCCUGAUGCUGGCGCUGAGGGCGGGCGACACCGUGUGGCUCUACUCGCACCAGAGGGACGGCUUCGGGGCGUACAGCAACCACGCCAAGUACAUCACCUUCACGGGCUUCCUGGUCUACCCGGACUUCCCCAACUCCACCAGCACCGCCGGCAGCACCAGCAGCCAAUCACACGCGGGCAAGAAGCCCUAGCUGCCGGGCCGGGGCAGCGAGGGACUGGACUGUGUGUGUGUGCAGAAAACCGGCCGGUCAAAGAGCCAAAGAGACGUCGGAAUGAAUGAAUGAAUGAAAAUCUCCGUCCCGGGGUUUUGUCACUUUGUCACAGGCAGCGGCGGGACCCUCCCCGACCCUUCGGUCCGCGUGGACCCGACUCUCCACAUCCUGCUUCCACCUCAUCCACAGACCACCUGGCUGACGCCACAUCGGGAUCAUCAAUGUUUCAUGUUUCGCAGAGGAGAAAUAAAUCUUCAAGCUGUAGUUCGGGCUGACGGGCCGCACUGAUGGGGGGAGUUGGGUGGUCCCACAUGGAGGUGAGGAGCUUUGCUUUAAAGGGGAACUCUUCCUGUGAUGCAUCUUUGUCCUCGUCAAAGACCGUUUCUGCUCCAAUGUAACAAAACAAAAACAAAAUAAAAAGACAUAAAAAGCGUCCCUGUCUUUGAUGUUCAGAGGAUGGUGGAAGUUAUGACGGUCGCUCUUUUCUUCUGGAAGGCGACGAGCUCCCGGUGACGUUUGCAUGAAGCUCUUUAGUGUAAAAAAUAAAGUGAAAUGGCCGCUGCGCUGUUGAUUUGAACGAGCGUGACGCUCUGCUCCUUUUUCUCCAUUUCUGUGGUCAGACUUCGUGGUGCGUGAAGCGAUUUGAGUAAAACUCAUCUGAAGCACUUGUGUGAUGCAUGAUUGUAACAUAAAAUAGUGAAUAAAAAACAAACCAGCUUUACACUGUUAAAUGUGUAUUUUUAUUAGGUGGAUCGCUUACGCAGUAACUGACGUUGUGUUGGAUGUUUCUUUCUUUCUAAAGAUCGACGGUCUCUUGUAUAACAAACCUGGGUCAAAACAUACAGUAAAACAAUGCUCAGAAAAAUAGGGAAUUAUGUGUCCCAAAAAUUACAAAUACAACCAUGAUGGAAAAUUUAAAUAUAAAAGAAUAUGUAUAAAAACAAAAAAUAUUUUGACCCAGGUGUUGUUUGCAGAAAACUGCAAAAUGUUUGAGUAUUUCUUACAUGUACGAUGAACGAUUCAAUGGAAAUAUUGACAAAAUAAAAAAAUGACAGCCUGAA